CCAUCAUUCUGAUGGUCCUUUACUUGUUUAUUUGGAUAUCUAUUCAAAAGCAGAUCUCGGCAACAUGAAAGUUUUAGUACUUGCCGUGUGCAUUGGGAUGGUGGGACUGAUAGGAGCUGUGUCCCCAAAAUUCCGGCGUACAAGCCGCGCCGUCAGCGUUGCUGCCAACGACCAAUCUGCCACCGUACUGCGCUCGGAAUCAGACGUCAAACCUGACGGUUUCCAACAUUUAUUCGAGACCGACAAUGGAAUUUCCGCGCAAGCUACUGGUUCCCUGAAGAAAGGACCUGAAGGCGAUUUUUUGGUCAUCCAAGGACAGUACCAGUACACGGCGCCUGACGGAACCCCCAUCCAAGUAAUCUACGAGUCUGAUGAAUCCGGAUACCGUCCUACUGGUGCUCAUAUCCCCACACCCCCGCCGAUUCCGGAGGCCAUCGCUCGCGCCCUUGCGUACAUCGCGGCCCACCCUCCCCCUGUUGAGAAGAGGCUUUAAGAACACGAAG